CCUUGGCGCGCCUCUUGCUGUCUGCCGCCUCGCUCGCCGCUCGGUGCCGAGGUGUGUCCUCGACUUGCGGCGCUGUGAUGCCCAGCGCCGCCCCGGUCGCCGCCGCGGCGAGCAGCAGCAGCGAGGACGAGGCUUGGCUGUCGCCGCCGCCGUCGCCACCCGAAGACAAUCUGGCCUGGUUCGGCGUGUUCCGGCCGUACGAGCUGCCUCUGCCCAACCAAGUCCUACCGUACCUGCUGCUGAACCCGGUCCGCCACCUGCGCCGCGGCCUCGACCCGAUCGCCAUCGCCAGCACCGCCACUGUCCAGCGCCGCCGCAGCAUCGCAGCCGCGGCCUGCAGCACCGCCGUGGCGGCCUGCAGCACAGCCGCCUCACCCGCCGCGCCACGCCGCCACGCCGCCGCCGCCUGCCGCGGCAGCGCCCGCUUGCUCUGCGCCACAACGCUGCAUUGGCGGCCACUUCAGCGAGGGCUGGUGUUGGGUAGCAACUCUCUCUCUCCUCAGCCCUUGGCCACAGCCCUCGGUCUCCCGCCCGCCGCGCGCCCGCAGGAGGCGCAGAAGAUGGCGGACGAGCUGAAGCGGGACCAGGUCCUCGGCACCUCGAACUCCCUCCUGAUGAAGGAGGGGUACGUGCUGAGAGAGGGCUUCAAGAACAUCUUCACCUGGGCGAUGUGGAACUCGAUCUCGGCGUACCUCAAGGACUUCGGCUACCAGCAGUCGCUGUUGGUGCAGUACCAGGCGGUCUCGCAGGACGACGGCACCCCCGGCACCAACCAGCCGCAGCCGGUCAAUGUGUUUGGCACGCCGCUGCCGAUGGCGACCGUGGUGGGGCCGGCGGCGGCGCUCAAGGCGAGCGGCGCCUUCGUCGCGCCGUGGCUCGGCUGCCGCUGCUCGUGGCCGUGCACGCAGCUCUGCUGGUUCUACCUACUCGGCUCUCAGUUCCUGCAAUGGGUCGCGGUCGUGGUUGCGGUGCUGACGAUCGUCUUCCAAGUCCUUCUCCUCGAGUCGAUGAUCGUCGCAAACUUUCUCGCCGAGGUGCCGCACACGACCACGUGGUACGAGUGGUGGACGCUCGACGAGCCGUGGCUGCCCCGACUCAUCUGGCUGCUGGGCAAGGUGAUUGUCUUCUGGUUCAUGAUUGGCAACGCUGUCAACUUUGACGACUCCCAGUCCUUCCUCGCCUCGCCCGAGAUCCGGCUGCUGCUCCGCUCCCUCGCGAACCGGUUCGAAGGGCAGACAUACGCGUACUGCACCGUCGUGCUCUGGACCAUCAUCUCCGAGUUCGCCACCGUGAUCGUCGUCUCGUACUUCGCGCUCGUCUCGGCCAUCAUUAUCAACGUCGAGAGCACGGGCAACGCGCUCGGCGACGCCACAAUCAUCUUCCUCAUCUUCGACUUUAUUCCGGCGCAGACGGCCUUGGGGGGCCGGUUGUUGUCUGAGCUGGACGGAUGGGCGAUGGGCUUGAUCGCCUUCGCCGCCUGCCUGCCCCAAGACUUUGUCGACCAAUCCUCGACGUAUUUGCAGGGCCCCCGCUGCCAGAUGACGCCGCUCUACCUCUGGGUCGUGCCCGCCUCCUUCCUCUACUUCCUCGUCCUCUGGCAAACCUGGCCCUACUGCCUCGACGGCUGGCCCGUCUGCUUCCCCCACGGAGGCCCUUGCAUCUUUUGGGCCGCCCUCGGCACCACACUCCUCUGGACCGGCUUCUUCAUUCUCCGGUACGGCUGCUUCCUCUUCCCCUGCGUCUGCGCGCCGGAGUGGGACACUAAGUACUUUUACCUCUUCGUCGAGCGGCUCUUUGGGCUCGGAGGCCGCGCCUUCCUGGACGGCCUCUGGGGCGAGGUCGACUGCGGCUGGGAGCCGCUCGAGUCGGACUACGAGCGCUUCUACCACGGCGACCUGCAGACGCCGCAGCAGUUCCAAAAGGGGUGGGAGACGUGCGCCCAGCUCGAGGGGCACGGCGCGGACGGGCUUGCCGAUGGCGGUUCCGACGGCGGCGCGGCGGGCAGGAUGGAGGCGUCGCUGAGAGACGCGGGCGGGCGGAGGCUGCUGCUGGGGGGAGGCGCGUCGCUGCUGAACGGCACGCUAAUAUAG